GCUACUCUCAUAUCUAUACUUCAUAAUAAACUAUACUAGAUCUAGAUCUAUAUAAAGAAUCUAUAGUCUAUUUUCACUGUUGUCUAUUUCAAAUAGAACUUUAGACCUAAUCUAAUCCACACAUAGAUUAUGAUAGAUCGGCUGUUAUAAAGUGAUGUAAAUUAAUAUGUUAACCAGUGUACCAACUUGUACAGAGGAUCAAAAGAAUUAUGUGGAAACUUGCAAAGAUAUAUCUGGCAAACUACAACUUAUAAUACAUCAAGCUCUUGUAGACUUUAAAGAGAGUAAAGAUGAAUUUCUUUCACAAAAGAUUGGUAAACUGUUCCAAGUUGUAGGAUUGUACAGGCAAGCAUUUGAAAAGCUCAAUGUGAAAACUAAAUCUGAAUUUGAUGGACUGGCCAGGCGGUACUUCAGCUCUCCUGAAGUAAGAGAUGCUUUUGAUGAGAUCACUCAAAGUGAGAGAGAUUGGGAUGAAGCUCUUGAAGAGAUUGAUAAAACAUUAAAUACAUCUGUUGCUGUACAACUGAAAGAGGGUGACACCCUCCCAUUAGAAAUAACAGCUGUGAAUGCAAGAUCUAAAGAAAAUGUGACUUUGGCUUCGUUUGUUCAUAGCCAGCCUUUUCUGUUGAUGGUAUUGCUCCGACAUUUUGCUUGAUUGCCCUGACGAGAUCAUUUGUGUGAGAUUGUUGCCAGACAGGCUGAGUUGAAACAGCUUGGAGCGGAAAUAUUGAUUGUAUCGUUUGGGGAGCAGCUAGGGGCAGACAACUGGUUGAAAGAAACAAACUGUCCAUUUGACAUGAUACUGGAUCCUAAUAGAAAAAUCUAUCUGUCCUUUGGCCUCCACAGAUCUGUUUCUAAGGUCUGGAGCUGUGCUUGUAUGAUAUAUUAUGUAGAACAAUUGUUGAAGGGAAGACAACUCCCCAGACCUUUAGAAAAUGUUCAUGAUGAUCCUCAGCAAAUGGGAGGAGAUUUUAUACUAGACAAUAUGGGCAGAGUGGUCUUCUCCUACUGCAGCAAAGUUUCUAAUGAUAGACCUUCUGUCGACCAGAUUCUGGCAGCAAUACAUUCACACAUCACUCAGGGUAAAGUGUCUCAGGAAUAGUAAAAUGUCAUAUCACAACAUCAAUCUUCUAUUUUAAUAUCUGAAGAUGUAAAUUUUUUUUUCAACAAAUAACAUUUUGGCUUGUUAUGAAAAUGUUAUGACUUUGUAUUUAUUGUUAUGUUGAUCUUAGUCAAAUCAAAAUACUCAUCAUCACAAUAUAUGUCAGCAAAUGGAUUUUCUAAACUUAUGAGACCAGUUGAUAUAGUUCUUGUAGCCCAAGCUAAUGAAAGAAGCAGUUUAAACCAGUUUCUGGCAUCUGCUUCUGGACUCUUAAAACUUAGGGCAACUUUCAAUUAUUUUUUUUUAGCAGAUUUUGUGGUGACAGAUUCAUGUUAAUUAGAGAUUUUUUUAUUAUAAUUUAUUGAUCUUUAUCUUAAAUUAAUAUUAUUUAUUGGUGAUUUGUAAUAAACAAUUAAUAAACGA